CGUUCUUUUCAAAUUAACACAAACGUUAACCCUCUCUCUCUCUCUCUCUCUCUCUCUGUUUAUAAAUUAUUUUUUCAAUUAAUUUUUAACCAAACCAAACUCCGAAGCUAUGGCUGAACUCCAAACCAAGAAGGAAACAGUUUCAGUUCCGGUUCCAGCUCCGGCGGAGCCCCCGCUGGCUGAGGCGCCACCGGUUGAUGUCGUUGAUAAGAAAGCGUUGGCUCCACCGCCAAGUGCGGCGGAGGAAACCAAAGCUCUUGCUGUUGUGGAGAAUGAGAAGACACCAGUUCCUGUUCAAAAGAAAGCCACAGGUGGAUCCCUUGAUAGAGAUAUUGCUCUUGCAGAAAUAGAGAAAGAGAAAAGGUUAUCUAAUGUGAAGGCAUGGGAAGAAAGUGAAAAAACCAAAGCUAAUAAUAAAGCACAGAAACAGCUAUCUAGUGUUGCUGCUUGGGAAAACAGCAAGAAAGCAGCUAUUGAAGCUCAACUCAGAAAAAUUGAGGAGCAAUUGGAGAAAAAGAAAGCAGAAUAUGGAGAGAAAAUGAAGAACAAGAUAGCCAUGGUUCACAAGCAAGCAGAGGAAAAGAGAGCAAUAGUUGAAGCCAAACGUAGUGAAGAAAUUCUCAAGGCAGAGGAAAUGGCUGCAAAAUACAAUGCAACUAGAACCACUCCAAAGAAACUCCUGGGAUGCUUUUAAAUUAUACUAUCAUAUUCAUAUCAUAUAACAGUAAUGAAAUUUUGUCUAUAUUAUUGUUGUUAUUAUUAUUCUUGUUUGCUUUUAAUGUUGUUUCUGUGUGUAAGAAAAGUAAUGGAAAGGGAAAAUUCAAUGAAGUCACAUGUUGGACAGCUCAUAGGAUCUUUUGUUUAGCUCAAGUGUCGAAUGACAUUUAUUUGUUUAUUUAUUUAUUUAUUAUUGAGAGAAUGUUUUCUUUUUA